AUGGCUGCUAGACACACGUUGUGCAAUGUUUUCUCUGCUUUUAUCGACAAUUUACGUCUUGUUGAAAGGCAACUAUUAGAUGGAGAUACCAGUAGAGGUGACUCAGCAGACUUUGAUAGGCAGGCAUUCUGGGAUAGGUUAGGAACAUCAGUCCAGGCUGUAUCUGCAGAGGUAACCAAGUUGUCCAUGGUAUUCUCUAAGCCUCCAGUGCCACCAGUGGAACAUUGUGAGCAGAUCAUCGGUAGAGUAGAAAAGGCCACUCUGAUGAUGGUUUCUGCGUUCUACUCAUUACCAAAAUCUCAAGGACUGAGGUUGCGAAGGUCCAUCAGGAAUGCUGUGAUAGAAGUGGUGCAGUCUGUGAUAGGCUUAGGUCAGGUUCUGAACACCCAAUCACUUGGAUCUCCCGAUCAGUUGAAGUCCACAGCUUGUGUUUGGCAAUGCACAGACUCCUUCUCAUCAUUGCCUAAAGAUAAUCGUGAGUUGGUUCUAACACUACUGGGUGACACAGCCAGCCUAGUAAAAGAUGCAGCUGAUGAACUUCAAGAAGCUGUGGACAGUGGUCUGGAGGAUGAUUUUGGGGAUUCCUCAAAUGAGCAGAUCCUGGCAGAGGACAACAGUAACAAAUGGUCAGAUCAUGACAAAGCUCUGGUCAAGGCUUGUUUAGGACUGACCAAAGUGUGUCAGUCAGUGCUGAAGAAAUCCAGUGAAGCUGUAAGACGGAAUGGUCAUUGUGACAGUGACGCUAACAUUGCUCAGUUUGAUGACCUAGCAGACCAAGUGGAACGCCUGAGCCCACAAGUGGAUGAGCUGGCCUCAAAUCUGUAUCCCCCAAUCAAUGACAGAGUGGCUGAGGAAAAUUCCCAGAAAUUAGCCGAAAAUCUCAAAAGCUGUUUACUGUUUUUAAGAAAAUCUCAUGUGACCACAGAGGAUGAUGCCCAGUGGGUAGACUUCCUCCUCACAGCAGGUCAACAUAACCUGGACAAAAUAUUCGCAGCGACAAAAGAUGGCUGACACGGCCAGAUGUUUCCAGAUU